AUGAUAUUACAAGCAUUCGCUUCAUGUGAGAUUGGAGACAGAUAUGCCGACAAUUACGUCAUCCAAGUGCACCAAAACGACCCCAGAGGACACUCGCUCCUCUGCCCCCACCGCCAACCUCUCCGCCUCAUUCUUGACAUCUCCAUCACUUCCAGGCUCCAAACCAGCCACUUCCCAAAGCCUUCUCAAAGCCUUCUGGCCUCUCCCAAUCGUGUUCUGAAGCUUCACAGAGAGAACUUUACGGGAGCCAUUGUUGCCAUGAAAGGCAGCGGCGCUAAAAUUCCUCAGAGCUUCGGCCCCUCCCGCUCUCCCGAGACUGUUGCGACUGCCGACGUCAUCAUCAUUGGAGCGGGGAUCUCAGGUAUUGCUGUGGCCAGAGAACUGGCCCUGGAGCACAACAUCACCGACUUCCUCAUCCCCGAGGCGAGACCUCUUGUCGGUGUAAAGUCUUGUAUGCAGGAACUUUGCAAACUCCUAAUCGAAAGAGACGAGGCCCUCCGCCACUCUGACGAGAUGGAAUCUACCCAAAUCCUCACACCAAGACUCCGCCUUAAGCAGCUGUUAUCUAACAAGGAGGGAACACCAGACCUGGAAUGGUACCAUCGGGUCUGGAGCAAUGAUAAAGCCACUCAAUGGAGUCCCCACGGGCCAUGCAAAACAAAGAACGACAGUCAAGCCUGGAUGGCUGGUGUGAUCCCCAUGCAAGAUGUCCCGGACUCCGACCAGCGGGUUGCGUUUGCUGUGUUCAAACCCGUGGUGGAGAGCACUACUCAAAAGGAGGGCGAACGUCGACCUGCCGAUUCGUUCAAUCGGCAUCCCAACGACCCCAAUGCGUGGGAGGCAGUAGGCAUCUUAACACUCUUACCCGUAAGGCCUCCUCCAUUCGACAAAACACAUCCAGAAGGUAUAGCCGACCCUGGAAAUCGGAAGGUGGAGUUAGGAUACCUCUUCCUUCCCGAUAGCUGGGGAUUGGGCUACGCGACCGAAAGCUUGUUGGCGCUGUUGAGAUGGUACCUAGACACUUUGUGUCGUGCGGAUCUGACCAAUGGAGUCGAACUCGAAGCCUGUGUACAUCCGGACAACUCGGGAAGCAUCAAGGUCCUCCACAAGCUGGGGUUUCAGGAAGUGGGACGGACUGAGGGAGAGGAUAUUAUAUAUUUGGGCGAAGCUAAGAGGAAGAAUUCGUUGUUACACUUCCGGAGGAUGGGCUGA